CAUUGCUGAUGCUCUAAAUAUUGCCCUUUGUAGGCCACUAUGUAUCAUCCGUUAUUUCGAUUACCGUUUUUCGUAUUCUUCCUAGCUCUUUGGAACGUAGGGUCUGCCUCAAUCUACCAAUGUCAUGGUGAAUCUCAAACCACUAAAGCCCUUGCGUAAAGAAAUUAUUCUUAUGGUGGUGGUGAAUAUGUUACUACCUCAAUCAAUAUUACUUUGUUCGUUAAUCAGACGUAUGUGGAACACUUGUUCCAAUUCGGAUCGAACAGCCUUAUCCCAUCGUUUUUAUCCAUGGUCAGGGGAUGACCGGCACUGUACGUACACUCCUUUUAGUCCUCGCUAAAUAUCUUCCUUAAUUGCAUAAGCUUCAUAUCUAUGUAUUCAAAUCUAACUUCGAAAAGAAUUGGCUCAAUAAAGCGCAAUGGAUCAUCAGGAUGGGCGACUUAAUUCUUAUCCCGUAACUACGAAAUAUAUUUCCUAGACCAGACGGCAAGAAUUAGAAGCGCUUGGAAUCCAAGUGGCAAUACGACAUUGAUAAGUUAUCCGCAUGAAGAGAACUUGGAGAGAUUUACGUAGACGGAAACAUAUGGAUUAUGCCCUCAAGUGCGGUUGCAUAAUCAAUGCGCUGUCGUAGGUUUACCUUUAUUAUAUUUACUUUAUACUUUAGCGAGUAUCGAGUAUUUGCAAACGACUGAGUACACUAAUCCCGGCGGUUGUGGCGAUAGAAUGGCUCAAUAAAGGACCCCAUUGUUGACGCCUUCUACGCUUCAAAUGCACAUUUUCAACCCGAUACGUAAUUCAAGAGAUAGAUAUGCAAAACGCAGGCGCAGCACUCCUCAAUCGUACAGUUCCAGCAAUUCUAUCGAGUCAUUCAUAAAGCGGUCUUGUGUCAUGGUUAUAGUGGUCAAGGUUCCGGAACUAGUCGAAGCCACUGUCUUGGUUGAGCCGACUGGCACUCCAUUCUAAGACGUACUUUUCCCUCAACGACGCCGGGGUGGACUCACAAGGAAGUGCGGGAUCACCGAUAUUCCAUUGCAAUAUGAAACGCAAUUGGGGGCUCGAGAAGUGUUGGAGAAAGUGCUUGUUAGGAAUGAAAAUGAUAGAGACGACGAGUUGGAGGAAUGUUGGUUGCAAAGGGAGCCGACGAGGAAACUUAAGAAUCUGAGAGGGUCUAAAGUGUUAAUGGAGACUGAGGAAGCGAGCUUUCAUAGAGUUUAUAAUGGGUGUACGGUGAAAUAUCUGAGACAGGCGGGAGUGGAUGUGAAGUGGAUGAAGUUUGAUGAGGAGUGAUGAAGUUAGGGGAGGGAGCAGAGAAGGGGCAGGGAGAGCAGAGAAGAGGCCACGAGGACCUCCUCGUGAGCAGUAUAUAUGGAAUGGACAUAUGCAGUUCUUGGGCAGGGUCACAGGAAUAGCGAUAAGAUUGCAGAGAUACUUGAGAUCUGGAUCUAAGGGGCUGUUGAGGGGGUUUAAAGACAGCUUGGAGCGAUUCAUAGAAGAUCGGUAGGCGAAACCUUUUGGGGAGGUGGGAUAGUUGACGUGGUGAGAUUGAGAUUAUGAAAAAUCACAUGAGUUGGAAUUAAGAGCAAAUUGGGCAACAAACGGGAGACGCAACGACGAACUAAAUUGGUAAUGCGAUCGCAAGUCGGUCAGUUCAAGUGACUACAGGAAACACUGGCUGCGGGUUCACAUAUGGGAGAUCAUUUAUCUUCACAAAUCCUGGGACAUUUUCCGUACAAUGGUUCAUUUUUCCGUCCAGAGACUUUCUCUGACCUUGAUCUUGAGAGCCCAUCAGGAUCUUUGAGGCCAAGAACCACAUUGAUCAUACACUGUUCUUGAAUGCUGCGAGAUAUUAUCCACUUUUUCCAGCAUGAAUAUCAAGUGAUAAGGUACCAAGGUUUGAGGUUUGGAUCCCCCUGCAUAGUUUAGCACGAUGACUGGAGGCUUGCUGAUCACUAAUCUCACUAUUUUGUAAACAGGGGUUUUUCGAUCCCUGUCAUAGAAGACUUCCAGUUCUAGAAAGGCCGCGCGAUGCAACUAUACCCCGCAAUACACGUGAUAUACUUAUCGCACGCAGAUUCAUUGUUGCGAUCGUUUUUAAACUUUUUAAGAACAUUCAUGCCAUUAACCUUCAUCAAUUACACAAUUGCACACUUUUGCGAUAUUUGUUCGAUUUCUCGACUUUCGAGACGGUGCGUUCUGUAGGUUACUGUAUUCCAUACCUUUGGCAUCAUUAGGGUUGCAGCCUGCUAGACUUACUUGCAACCAGUUAUCCAUUUCCUUAUUUCUGGUACGUUCAAAGUCUCUGCCAUAUGCUCUGCGGCGGCCCGGGGGGAUUAAUAUCGCAGCAGCUCAAGACUUAUACGGAGCCUCAGAAGUUAACUUUCACCAAUCACAUUGCCACUAAAUGAGUCUUGAUAUGUCAACAGCACAACCUUGCUAGCACGUGAGUGUCUACGCCCCACCAGUAUCUUUAGGUUAAACUUCUGGUAAGUGUUAACCUCACGCCGACUCAUCGAUCAAUGUCUGCCAAGAGUCUAUGGAACAGAGUUAAGCGUCGCAUUAAUCAUAUUUGGCAAGGUUUUCUUGUUUUUGUCAUCCUCUCAUGACGAGAUAUAGCCUCCUCGUGACCUGCUGGAUAUGGUUCAAAUUUUGAGUGUAGUGGUCUAAACUUUACGUUGUAAUGCUAGACUGCGUUUGGGCAUUGCUUUGUAAAGUAAGCUUCUCACAUUUGCACCUUCCCGAAUACGCAACUCAUCGGCUACUUUUUAGGUUGUUGAGAUCUCAAUGUGGCAUUAUAAUAACUUUAAGAAGCAAUUGUGAACUCAAAUCUUUCUGAUUUCGUAUUCUGGAAAGCUUCCAUAUAUCAGAAACCCGCUUAUCGUUAUUAACAAAGCAGAAAGCAUGAUGUGGUCAUUUUUCAAUUCUCGGGCCUCCUAAUUCUGCUGAAUUAAUGUUCUAGAUGCUCCAAUUGGGAAAUUCCCGCCCGUAGCUUCUUCUUCGUGGAAAAUACAGUUGAUAUCGAACUCAAAAUACGACACCGCAUCAAAGACUCCUGUCUACAAUUCCACAAGUGUG